GCUUGAAGACUGUAUCGCCAUCUGUCUAUAGUUCCCCCUGUGAAGCGCAGUACUGAACGGGGAAAUCAGCGGCUCAGCCUAGCAUCCAUUCUUAGCUCCACUUCUAGGCCCUCCCAUUUGGCAAGGCCUAACGUCGAACAUAAUAUUACAGUUUCGACAACGUUCGAAACUCUCCCCAGCCUUCCUCGCCUCUUUACAACAACCAUUCCCUCAAGAACCCGGCGAGCGUGCGCAAGAUGCCUCUUGGAAUUCACAACCCUCUCCCUUCGUCGCUAUCGAGCGAAUGCAAAAAGGCUGGCAAAAUCCUAGCAUCUUUUGUUGACCCGCGGCAAGCAUUCGGGCCUGACAAGGUCAUCCCCCCUGAGGUAUUAGCUGGUGCUAAGGGUCUUGCCAUUUUGACCGUCCUGAAAGCAGGGUUUUUGGGUUCCGGUCGAUUUGGUUCGGGUAUCGUCGUUGCUCGACUAGCUGAUGGAUCAUGGUCCGCGCCGUCCGCGAUCGCAACCGCAGGUGCUGGAUUUGGAGGUCAGAUUGGAUUUGAGUUGACCGAUUUCGUCUUCAUCUUGAACGAUGCUGCCGCCGUCCGCACAUUCUCUCAAGCCGGAACCCUUACGCUAGGAGGUAAUGUUUCGAUUGCCGCUGGGCCGGUUGGUCGAAACGCUGAAGCCGCUGGUGCUGCUAGUACGAAGGGUGUGGCCGCUGUAUUCUCAUAUUCCAAAACCAAGGGACUUUUCGCCGGUGUCAGCUUAGAAGGAAGCAUGCUGGUCGAACGUAGGGACGCCAAUGAGAGACUCUACAAUAGCCGAGUAUCUGCUCGCCAGCUCCUCAGUGGUACUAUCCCGCCUCCACCCGCCGCCGAACCUCUAAUGCGUGUGCUGAACUCCCGCGCUUUCUACGGCGUGCGCACAAACGGCGACUCUAUGUACAACGAUAUCCCCGUCUACGAUGAUCGUCAUGAUGAUGUGGUCUGGGAGGGUCGCAGGGGAGAGGCAUAUGGCGAGGGGAUCAGACGUGAUCGGACAGGAUACCAUGGACCUUCAGAUGACUACGAAUACCACGACCGGCCGCGCCGUGCAACGACGUGGGCUGACGAUAUAUAUGAUCGUCCUGCUGGAGGCUUGAGUCGUUCCUCCACCGCCCGAUUUAGCAGCCGCAACGACACCUUUGAUACCUACAAUAGACAGCGGAGCAACACCUAUGAUGAUGAUUAUGUGUACUCUGACCGCAAACCCAGUCGUCCUACAGCACCCAAGCCCGUUUUCGGACAGCGCACUGGGCAGGCCGCUCCGUUACGCGAGGACCAGGCCAUUGCGCUGUACACAUUCGACGCGGAUCAGGACGGUGACUUGGGUUUCAAGAAGGGGGAGAUUAUCACAAUCAUCAAACGCACCGAAAAGAAGGAGGAUUGGUGGACUGGGCGGAUCGGUGACCGCGUCGGCAUAUUCCCUGCGAAUUAUGUUGACGCAGCUUAAGACUUUCGCCCAUGACCAUUUAUUUAUAUGCAACGAAAUUCAUGACCUUGCCCGCUUAUACCUCUCCUUUGGCAAUUUUCAUUUAUACCGAUCGAGUGUGUUUCAGUCUUUUUUUGGAAUCCUUGGGCAUUUUAUCCCAUCUCGUCCGAGCUUCUCUUUUCAGCUCUUGCGUAAGCAUUGGAGUUUGAAGGUGGUUUUACGAGUGCGUACAGGCGAAAGAGAAUUCGGCGCUUCUCAGAAUAUCAAGUUCAAAUUCCCCUGCCUUCCCACUUAUUAUCCGUCCUAUCAGCACCUCUAGCAGCUCUUGUGAUUAUUAUUACUGUCCAAUAUACAGGUUUUCUUUGA